AUGGGACGCGACUGCUGCGGCCAACAGGCUUCGGCACCGGAAAUAUUAAAUGCACCAGAUGCGGGUCCAGCUGAGCAGAGCAACGUCUGCCAGCAAUCUCGCUCUGAUGACGACUGCUCUGAAACUCUCAGCUCUAUGAGCCUGGGUGGAGGAGAUUGCCCUCAGGCCGUACUGGAUGACUGCUGCUCUUCUGGAAAAUGCGAAGAUGAAAAAGCUCAAGAUGGUACUGACCAGCCUUACUGCUGCUCUUCUGGGGAAUGCGACGACAAAAAAGCCCAAGAUAAUUGCUGCUCUUCUGGGAAUUUCGACGACGAAAAAGCCCAAGAUGACUGCUGCUCUUCUGGAGAAUGCGAAGAUGACAAGGUUCAAGAUGAUACUGACCAGCCUGACUGCUGCCGUGGCAAAGUCAGCCCAUGCUGCGAUUCGUCUUGCCUCGAUCGCUUGGCAAUGCGAGAGUGCGAGAUGAAUGCUGCUAUCCUCGGCUCCGGCGCUCAGACAAACGCAUGUAGUGAAGCGACUGACGGCCAGGCAUGCAGCCAGCAUAGUAUCUCUGUUCUCGAUCGCUAUGGUGCCACUCUACGGACUUUGGGAUGCAUUUGCCGCGCUCUCAUUGCUCUUGGCCAGGAAACCUGCUGUAAGGUCCCCGAGCGCCGCUCUCCAGACGCGGACAGAUGCUCCAAAGAUGCGUCGAGCCGCGAACAUCGCGCUUCGCUGGAUGACUGCCUUAGUAGUGCAUCUGUCACCAUGGACCAGGCUGCGAAGAACCGUCUUCGCCUACGAAAGAGUGCUGGUGAAAGGGCCAUAUUCAUCAACCCCGCCAAAAAAGCUUUAACCGACGACUGUGCGAGCUCUUGUUGUUCAAAGAGCGAGUCCGCCAAGCGCUCAAAGGCAUACUUCGCGGAAGGCAAACCUGUCGAUAAACCUUUCCCUCAAAAUGAGUGUGGCGAUACUUGCUGCUCAAAGGUUCCCAUUGUGGAUGUCAAGGCCGAAACCAAGCACAGCAUAGAAAUGUCGACCAAUGACUGUCACGACUCUUGCUGCUCUGACGAUAUCCCUAAAGCCUUACAUGUCAGGGACAAUUUUGCAGAAGACUGCUGCGGAGGAGCCAUAGAUGAAGCCGCCAUAAAGUCACCCAAGGCCAUUUGUUCCAGCUCUUGCUGCAAGCCACUGAAACAGAAUACUUCAAAAGCCCCAAAGCCUGGGUGUGUGGACUCCUGCUGCUCAGAAGACCGGCCGACUAGCCCUCAAAACUCGUGCAACGAUGUUUGCUGCUCCUCUACCAUGCCUGAUACUGUGCUUAACAUCGAAAAAGCCCCGAUUCCCGCCAUUAGAGACAUGGAAAAUCAGGGCGCCGGAAAAGAGCAUGUAGUUCUUAGCGUUUCUGGCAUGACCUGUACUGGUUGCGAAACAAAGCUCAACAGAACCCUUGCUACUGUCGCCGCUGUCAAGGACUUGAAGACCAGUCUGAUUCUCUCUCGAGCCGAGUUCAACAUUGAUCUUCGUUUGGGAUCAGUAGAGGAAGUCAUGAAACAUCUAGAGCGAACGACCGAAUUCAGAUGCGAAAGAGUCCAGAACAAAGGAUCUAAUCUAGAUCUUAUUGUCCCCGAUGAACCGGCCAAGUUCCUCAGCCAAGUAUGGCCAGACGGCGUUAUUGACAUGGCACUCGUGAACGAUCGGACCGUGCGAGUUACGUUUGAUCCGAAGAUAGUCGGAGCUAGAGACCUAACUGAGAAAAUUUGGGGCCCACCAGUCAUACUUGCUCUUCCGCGCGGUGAUGUUUCGCUGGAGGCUAGCAGCAAGCAUGUUCGCCAUGUCGGGUAUAUGACGCUUCUCUCCGCAAUUUUAACGAUUCCGGUGCUGGUCAUGGCAUGGGCGCCACUUCCUGAGAACAAAGUGGCAUAUUCCUCUGCUUCAUUUGCCUUGGCCACUAUUGUUCAAUUUGUCAUAGCAGGUCCUUUCUACCCCAAGGCUCUCAAGGCUCUUGUUUUCUCUAGAGUGAUCGAGAUGGAUCUCUUGAUCGUCUUGAGCACAAGUGCUGCCUACAUCUUCUCGGUGAUCUCCUUUGCAUACCUCAUUAUAGGGAAGCCCCUUUUGACUGGUCAGUUUUUCGAAACGAGCACCCUCUUGGUUACCUUGAUUAUGGUAGGUCGAUGGGUUGCCGCUAUCGCUCGCCAGAAAGCAGUUGAAUCCAUUUCUAUCCGCUCACUUCAGGCAUCGACAGCCAUCCUUGUAGACCAAGAGAGCGGAACGGAACGCGAGAUUGACGCACGGCUAUUGCAAUAUGGUGACACAUUCAAAGUCCUACCUGACACUAGAAUUCCAACCGACGGCACUGUCAUCAAGGGCUCAUCUGAAGUUGACGAGUCUAUGCUUACUGGCGAAUCCCGGCCAGUGGAAAAAUAUCCCAAGUCUGUGGUGAUUGCUGGGUCUAUCAACGGAUCUGGAGUUAUAACUGCUAGACUGAACCGUUUACCCGGCGACAAUACUAUCUGCGCCAUUGCUGCGAUGGUUGACGAAGCUAAACUACUGAAGCCUAAGCUGCAGGAUCUUGCGGACCGAGUAGCAUCCUACUUCGUCCCGAUUGUAGUGGCAUUAGCGACAAUCACGUUCGUCAUCUGGAUUGCAGUGGGCAUGACUGUUCGUGGGUAUGAUGGAUCUGAAGCUGCCACUCAGGCUAUCACGUUCACCAUUGCUGUCCUCAUCGUCUCUUGCCCUUGCGCCAUUGGAUUGGCUGUUCCUAUGGUUAUUGUGAUAGCAAGUGGAGUCGCGGCAGAAAAGGGCAUCAUCUUUAAGUCCGCGGAAGCUAUUGAAGUUGCGCACAAGACAUCACACGUCGUGUUUGACAAGACUGGUACCUUGACUCGCGGAAAGCUUUCUGUUGUCACGGAGAACUCCGUUGACAAGGGCAAAAUCUCGCUUCUUUUAGGCCUCAUCGAAAGCAGCCGACACCCAGUCUCCCUUGCUGUGGCUGCUCAUCUCAAGCGAGCUGGAAUCACAGCCUCGGCUGUUGCUGAGCCCAAGAGUAUUACUGGUAAAGGUGUUGAAGCGACCGUGGGUGGCCAGAGUCUUCGAGCAGGCAACUCCCGUUGGCUCGAGUUGACAAACCAUAAACUUGUUCAACCGAUGCUUGCUCAAGGGUACACGGUCUUCUGCUUCACUAUCGAUAAUACGUUAAUGGCAGUCUACGGUCUCGAAGAUGAGCUUCGACCUGACUCAAUGGAGACGGUUAAAUCAUUGCAAAGGCGCGACGUUUCGGUGCAUUUAGUUUCUGGAGACGACGACGGAGCUGUACAAACUUUGGCAUCCAAGCUCAGCAUUCCUAACGACCUAGUGCGUUCUCGGAGUUCACCCGCUGACAAGAAAGACUACAUACAGAAGCUCCUUGGGACAACUAUAGAUCGUAAACAGCCGGUUGUCGUUUUCUGCGGCGACGGCACGAAUGAUGCUGUUGCUCUCGCGCAAGCAACAAUCGGCGUCCAUAUGAACGAAGGCACGGAUGUCGCGCAAUCUGCAGCGGAUGUAGUGCUCAUGCGCCCUUCACUUGGUGGCAUCCUUACUAUGAUGGACGUCAGUCAGAAAUCCGUCAAUCGCAUCAAGUUCAAUUUCAUGUGGAGUUUCGUUUACAACGCCUUUGCAAUCCUCCUCGCCGCAGGUGCUUUUGUCAAUGCGAGAAUUCCUCCGGAGUAUGCGGGACUAGGAGAGUUGGUAAGCGUGUUGCCAGUCAUUGCUGCUGCGGUACUACUGCGAUGGGCGACGAUCUAG